AUGACUGUCCUGCAGUCCUCACAAAACUUUGUUCGGGCGCUCAAAAGCCCAAGCGACCCUCCAGUCGCGGGUGGACCGCUGAAAAUCGCUCUCGCUGAACAAGCCUGGAGAGAUACGUCCUUCCGGAUACCCAACAAGACAGAAGUGAUCGUGGACUGGUUGUUGACAAAGUUCCUCAAGGAAAAGCCUGCCGAUAUAAAAGACAGCUCGAUUGCUGACAUUCGAUAUUGGAAACUCUUGGACGAGAUCAUCUCGAACGAGAAACUCAACUCUUCGUCAUCCACGGCGUGGAUUAAAGCCCUGCUAGGACGGAUAUCCGUCGUUCCUAUCGUCACUUCGCUCCUGACAUCUCUAAACGCGGUUCAAACCCUCGAAGACCUGCUCGAAUAUGCUUCCUCUGCACUCUCCGUCCUCUGGCCACUAGGAACCCAGAAGCUCACGACAGAAGUCUUGCUAGGAUGCUGGACGACGUUCCUUACCAAAAGUAUUCCAUUCGCCGAUAACACCUCGCUCCAGAAAAUCGGGGUGUUGAUUACAGAAACGUACCGACAAUCCCUGAGCAACUCUUCAGCUCGCAAAAAGAUUCACACAACCUUCAUUCAAAACCACGACCACCUCAAAGCCUGGAUCCAACACCUCUCUCCCUCCUCAUCCGCCAACGAAGCCCUGCACAAAUCGACCCUCCUCGCAGGCACAGACACCCUCUUCAACAUCGACAUCCUCCGCCAAAUCCAAGACUCAAAGGACCACGACUUCCCACUCAUCCACUCCCUCCUCGCCCUAUCGAAACACCACCGCCAACUCGUCCUCGGGAUCUUACCGACACUCUUCACGCACUACGUCGCUGCACUGCGAAGGCAUAAAAGUGGUUUGUUCAGCACUGGGUCCUCUUCAGGAGGGGGGAGUCAGAGACCGGAAUUGAACGCCACGGCUCUCCAUUUCUUCAGUCUGUGCCAGGAUGUCUUGAAUUUGCAAGAGUUCGGAGAUGAGGAUACGUGGACUACGGCGUGUAAACUGCUGGAUAUCGUCGAUCAGGAACACUUGUACCUCUCGACGGCGGAGAACGAAGCUGCUUCGCUUGUGUUGGCGAAGAACCUCGAGUUAGCGCUGAGGGGGCUUGCAGAGUGUUAUAAAGAGGAGAGAUUGGGUAUCACAAACGCCAUCGUCAACACGCUAUCCGCCUUGACACGGAUAGACUGCGACCUUAUCCUCCCGUCGACACCGUCCAUCAUCAGCCGCCUUCUUUGCAUCCCGACAACCCACUUAGAGCACUUCACUUUCUUCGACCUCCUCCUUGAGUACCACACCAAAACCCGCACACUAAACGACUACAUCUCCGUGCUCUUUUCAUCCCUUCCUAACAGUCCUUCCUCCUCCUCGACCCCUCUCCCCGCACUCCCGCUAACCGCACCCCAGCGCUACACCCUCCAUCUCUCCUCCCCCGUCCUCGACACCCACCAUCUCGAAAAACUCUCCCGCGCACUCCAUCAAUUCCUUACACCAGGACAAUGCGCCAAAACCACUACAUCCACGAUCUCUAUCGUAUCCACCCUCCACGAACGGUUCAAGGGUGCGCAAAAGGGCGGUGAGGGGGAUGGUGAGAGUGCAUUAGGCUCUUCGAAGAAGAAAAAGAAGAAGAGGAAGUCGGAGGUUGGGGAGGCUAUGGACGUCGAUGGCGAGUCCCCUUCGCCUGCUACCGCAUCCAAAGGCGAACAAGACCCAGAUAUCCUAGCAGCAUCCUUCACGCUCUCCUCCCGGCUCGCUCAAAUCGUUCUAGGCUCCUUACCCCUGCACACCCUCUCCCAAGAACAACACGACGAAGUCCACCCACCGCUCAAAUCCUUCUUCGCCGAUUUCGUCCAACACCAUAUCUCCAAAUCCGUCAAAGCGCUUGCGAAGGACGCUACGGAGAGGGAGAGUAGCCCUGACAAAAGCGGUAAGAGUAGCAAGAGGAAACACCGAGAUGCAGAGGAGGGUGAAGGUGCUAGUGGUGAUUGGGCGAGCCAGAUCACACUGGGUGCGCUACUCCGGUUGGAGUACGCACUUGAACGUGCUCCAGGACUCGACCUGCGCUCUGAAGGCGACUCGAAAACCCGCAAGAGGCUAGUCCAACUCCUAAAGAUGGACGACCUCCUUCCGGAGUUCGUGUUGGAAAUCACUCGUAUUUUGCUCCUUCACGCACCGCCAACGCCCGACUCAGACGCGAUCGACGUUUUGGAUCCGAUCCUCUCUUAUAUCGAACGUGAACCCCCGUCGUCUACUGUCAGGAUGAGCUGGUCCGGUCAACCCCACCAACUCGUUCAAUCCGAUUCCGGUCGAGCUCAAGCACGACUUGGGGUGCUUCACCUCUUGUUGGAGCGGUGGCUCCCUGUCGUCGACACUCUCGCAACUCCAGAGCAACUAGGAAGGCUAGUCAAGAUAAUUAUGAACCUCCCUCUCGAUCUGUCUUCUCUCAGCACUAGACUGGAGGAUAGAGGGAGUCUGUACCCUGAACAUCUCCUCCUUCGAACCCUCCGGUCUGCCCAUUUCUGGGAGCUACAUAACCUCCGAGCUGCCUUCCUCGCCCACCUGAUAACCUCCACAUCCACUCUCGACGACAACACUAGGAGCAACACCGCCGAAUCCGAGAAUUUGAUCACCCAGUCAUACCGCCUCCUGCUCUUCUUCCCUGUCGAGUACUUUGCCAAGCAGUCACGCGGGGAGUUCGUCAAGAGGGCUUUAAAUGCUGAUCGUGUUCUGAGUCGAGGUAGGGGGUCUGAAGCUUCAGCUGUGUUGAGGCUGUUUUUGGAGAGGACGUUCAGGUUUAUUGGGACUGUUGAGCAACAAGCUCCGAGUGAGAUGGUCGAGUUCCUUCUUCACUUACUCCAAGAACCAGAAGGCGAGAUUGAGAAAUCAUACCUGGAUAGUACAUUGGGUUUGGCUUCAUUGUACAUCCUCGAGAUCUUCCGUCAAUGCUCCAAGUCGACUUCAGGCGAGAUCCCCAAGAUCCUCUCGUCGUACACCCAGUAUCCGCUCUUUGACGCGUCCUCGCAUACGAUCAGAAGACAGAGCUUGAUUCGCAUGGUCGACCUCAUUACGAAAGAAUUGGUAUUUACCAACUUCUCUCCAGACAACCAAACCGCCUUCCGCGACCUACAUUCCCACCUCUCUUCUCACCUGCAACCCCUAAUGCAAUCCCUCCUCCAACUAGACGCGUCCGACCUGAAGGCACUAUCUAAUGCUCCAGAAGUCCUGAGCGGAUGGCACGCCAUGCUCUCCCUUGGUCGAUGGCUCGGUGUCGAGUGCUCAAUUUCUACGCUUAAACUCUUCGGCCAAGAUCUAGCGAAGAGGUUUAAUCUUGGUUUCCGACGGGCGGUGCAAUGUUCUCCGCAGCAGGUGGAGACAGAGACCAAGGCGGAAGAGAAGGAGGCUCUGAACGAAGAAUGGCUGGACGACAUGGCGAUUCUCCCAGUCGCCAUCGUGAUGCAAGAACUUUACUACCGCGACGCCAUGGAACAAAAUGAGCAGCUCGAGCUGGGCGUUGCUGUCUACCUCUCGAGUGUUCAGAGUGUUUCGAGUCAAGGCCGUGGACGAGUGGACGACUACAUGGGAAGAGCAAGCCGGCUGCUCUCGCCUGAGAGUUAUGGGCACGUCCUUGAGUUGAUCGGGGAGGGGCUUUCGAAGGCUAGUAUUUCGCAGGAUGCCCUGGAGGAUCUGAUCCAUCUUGCAUCUGUUUUCUUGCGUGAACAUCCUCAAAAUACCCUCAAGUUGACUCAGAGCUUUGUGACGACAUGUAUUAACGCUUUUAAUGGUAAUGAAGUCUAUGUCGAUGGACCUGUCGAAUUGCGUCUGCAAGUUUUGUCGCUCCUUAACCAACACUGUUCAGAACGACCCGCUGCCCUCCGCCUCCUCGACAUCUCCCCUCUCUUCCUCCUGCUCUCAAAAUAUCUAUCCCCUUCACCAGCACACGUUCACGACCCUACCACUUCUCCUGCGAUCUUCCACAAACUAGUCUCCAUCCUCAACGCCCUGGUCCGCCUCCGACGCGAUCUCCUCCUUCCCCUCCUCCCGCACCUUGGCAUGAUCCUCCGACAACUCCUCUUCUGCAUGCGCAGCCCCCGUGCUCAAUUGGGGUCCAAACAGACUGAGAUGGUGUUGAACAGCUUGCCGCGAUGGAUCGGAAGUAACGGAACCGGGUUGGGCGUGGAAGAAGCCAAAGCCCUUUCACGAUUACUCGAGACCUUGACCACCAAGACCGUUCCCCGCACCCACACCUCUUCCACCUCAACAACAGAAAGCACCAAAGCCGAAUCACUCUCCGCCCCACUCUCCAAACACGCAGCAUACAUCCUAACAGCCUACAUCUCGCUCCUCACCGACCCGCUCUCCUCGCUCUCGUUUUUGUCGUUGAGCGUGAGGAAGGAGCUGAUGCCGGGGAUGUAUGCGCUGUGUGGGAUGAUGAAUGAGCAUAGUCGGGAUUCGUUGAUGGUUAGUGGGUUGGAUGCGGCGGGGAAGGUGGUGUUUAAGGGUCUGUGGAAGGAGUGGGAGAAGGUUAGGUAUGUUGGGAAGGGGUAGGCUACGUCUUGGUGGACAUGAGUGGAUGCGCGAGGAACGCGGCUGGUUCACUUCAAGUAACGUCCGCGACGACGAAAUGUCUGUACU